UGAGGGGCGGCUGCAGGCGCUGAGCUCCGCGUCCCGCGGCGGCUGCGGGGCUGCUCCCGCCCCGCUCCCGCAAGUUUCCGCAGGUUGACACCCUGGCUCUGGGUGCCGUCCCCGCAGGACACAGCGAGCUGAUCUCACGCUGGGUGAAGUUCUGGCAGGGGCAGGACGGUGCCUGGACCUGCAGUACAUGAAGACUUCUGCCAGCGGGAGAGCUGGGGUUAUUGCUUCAGAGGGUGGUGUAGUAGUGCUGGGGAUGCCACCGUGCUCCAUGGGAGGCCAGGUCCUGAGCUGACUCCCCUCGCUGCAGAGGACACCCCGAGGGACACUGGUAGGGGGCACUCCCUGUCCUGGCUCUGGAUGUGCAUCACAUCAGUUUGGCAGGGCAAAGGUACGGCUGGAUGACGGCUGAGGAUGUGCUAUGGAGCCGGGAUUCAACUGCUCUGAGCUCUGCGACGGCAGCUCCAGUUUUGGCAGUCAGGAGCAGCAGCAGCGGGCGCUGCAGGAGCUCUGCACUGUGACAGUGACAUCUUUUGACCGCAGUGUGAAGAGCUCCCCAUCCUUCUCUGCUGGGCUCCUGGGAGUUGUGUGGACAUUCCUGACUGGAGGAGUCCUGCUAGCACUCUUCUUUCUCAUCUUCACAAUUCGCUUCAGGAAAAACAGGAUUGUGAAGAUGUCCAGCCCCAAUCUCAACAUUGUGACCCUGCUGGGCAGUGGCUUGACUUACACAAGUGCUUACCUCUUUGGGAUUCAGGAGCAGAGCCUGCCGUCUGGAGACUCAAUGGAAAAGCUUAUUCAGGUGAGGCUGUGCCUGCUGUGCGUGGGGACCUCCCUGGUGUUCGGUCCUGUCCUGGGGAAGAGCUGGCGGCUCUACAAGGUGUUCACCCAGCGGGUGCCGGACAAGCGGGUGAUUAUCAAAGACCUGCAGUUGCUGGCGAUGGUGGCAGCAUUGGUGCUGGCAGACACUGUCUUGCUCUUGACAUGGGUGUUCUCUGACCCAGUCCAGUGCUUCCGAAGCCUCAGCGUCUCACUGCGGGCGACAGAGAAAGGCAUGACAUGCUCCGUGAGCCGGGUGCAGUCCUGCGCGUCGCUCUAUUCCGAUCUCUGGCUCAUUCUCAUUUUAGGGUUUAAGAGUAUCCUCCUGCUAUAUGGGACCUACUUGGCCGGUCUGACCGACAAUGUCAGCUCCUCACCAGUCAACCAGUCCUUGACACUCAUCGUCGGGGUCAACCUUGUUUUCCUGGCUGCUGGCACCAUCUGCUUAGUUCACCGUUUCUUCCGUACUUGGCACAAUUUGCUGUUUGGUUUUACCUCUGGAGGCAUCUUCGUGUGUACAACCACGAUCAACUGCUUCAUCUUUGUGCCACAGCUCAAGCAGUGGAAAGCCUUUGAAGAAGAAAGCCAAACCAUGAGCUACAUGGCAAAAUAUUUCACCAGCCCGAGCAGGAGCUGCCGCUCAAUGUACAGCGAGGAGCAACUCUACCAGCUCAUAGGGGAGAAAAACUCUAUGAAGCGGCUGCUCACCGAGAAAAACGCCGUGAUUGAAAGCCUGCAGGAGCAAGUGAGCAGCGCCAAGGAGAAGCUGAUGAGGCUGAUGUCUGCGGAGAGUGGCUGCGAGCCCCAUGCGCUGCCAGCAGCUCCCUGCACCUGGAGCUCAGGGCAGCCUGGGGAUGCACCAGGGGACUGCUGCCCCCUGGAUACAGAGAGGGAUGGGUGGCAGCUCCCCUGCUUGCUGAGUACAUCGCCUCUUGGCAGCAAUGCUCAGGCCCUCCAGAAACCUGAAACCCAGGAGCCUGUUUGCUCUCAGGUGCUGCUUUUUAAUACAGGGGACAGCAUUGAACAGGGCCUGAGAGAUGUCCAGGAAUGUGGGACACCUGCAGUGCAGGGGCAGCCUCCGGAGCAGCUGUCAGGCCAGGACAACUCAGCUGGUGUAGCCUGGGAGUCGUCCCCCAAAGUCAGCUAUGUAAAUAGUGAAAAGCUGUGGGAAAUCUUGCAAGAGUUAAGCCUAGAUGGCAAAAACUACAGCCCAGCCUUAUCUGCAGGAUCUCUGCUUGGAAACCGGGGCACCUCAGGAGAGCAGGGAGAAACACAGGUGGGCCAGGAGGGCUACCCAGGCAUCCAGACACCCCUCAGCCCCUACCUGGCAAGGCAUCGUCGGAGGAUCCCAUUACCCCCUGCCUCCACACGCUUCCCCGGACACGUAUCUCCUCGUGCCAGCAGCAGGGUGAAGGAGGUGGGCAGCUGGGGCCGUGGGGAGUCAGCACAUAACUCCCUGGGAAAGGGAGGGGAGAUGGCUGGCAGAAGGCUCCUUCACCCCCCAGCACCAUCCUCUCCAGCCAUCCCAAGGGAGGCCAGCCUCCAGCCAGAGGGGUGGCUGGGAUGGCCUGAGUCCCAGGGUGCUUCAUCGUGCAUCGCACAGGAGCAGCGGUGGUGGCAGGGCACCCCGAGGGGACCCGCUGAGCCCUCCCUGCGCUCACUGUACUAUUACCCAGACUCUGACUCCAGCAGCAGCAGCAGCAGCUCUGAGGAGAUGUUUCAUGGCUGCCACCGACCCUGCUGCGAGGUUUGCUUCCAGAGCCCACGUGGCUCCCUGGACAGCAGCAGCACGGACACGGACACAGAGCCCAGUGACUGUGAGGAUCACCAGACAGAGCACCACGGUGGGCCCCAGCCCGUGGUGAAUUUCAAAGACGAUCUGAAACCCACUUUUGUGUGACUGGAAGCACCCCUACCCCAAAGGCAAAUGCCCUUCUCUCCCGAAACACUGCAUGUUUUCAGCAAUGCUAAAGCCACACGUCCCUCUGGGGAAUGUGCCGUGUUCUGGAAUUUGGGGAUUGUGAAAAACCUUGCCCUGUUCUGAUUUGCAGUGUCAGUCCCAGCCUGGUCAGCUGUGACUGCAGCCUGAGUUUGGCUGAGAAGGGGUUGGCAGCACUCAGGGAGGUGGUGGUGGCCUUGUCCUGGCUACUCUGUGUCCCACAGGUAACCAGCAGUUCUGUCCAUCCUGGUGCCAGCAGUGGCAAAACUGGGGCUGGGGGGUCUGUGAGAGCCCAAACUUUGUCUCCUCAGAGAGCUUCUCCUGUGAGACCUGUGUGAUUCCCACUGGCAGGGAGCAGUAUCCUGCCUCAGAAACAGCCACUGCUUCCUGCACAACACACCAUAUAGACCAACAGAGGCCUCCUUCCCCUGAGGCUGCUCAAGCAGAGAGAGCAUCCCACUGCAUCACCCCCAGCUGGGGAUGGGAGACAGACGCCAGAAGCAGUUGCCAGCUGCCUCUCACCUGGGGUGUGCUGCUUCCAGGCAAAGCAAGGACUUUGGAACGGGGUGUGCACAGCAAACUUUUGGGUUUCAGUGGGUUUCUUGUAGCAUCCGAAUGAGAAAAUGGAGUCCAAAGGUCAUGUCCGUGGAGGUGUCUUUGCAUUUUGUGUUUUUCAGGUGCAUCAUUGUAGGGUAGACUCAGGUCAGAGCUGAAGGGAAAGACAAGCCAGCCAUUGUAAAGGAGGAUCUGAAAAGGGGCUUCUUUUUUUACCUUGAUUUCUGGGUCUUGUGCCCUUCUGUCUGUCUUUGUAAGGAUGAUGUAGUCUGGAAUAAGGUUUGUUUGAAUUAAUAUGCUCUGUUUAAUUUUUAUCUUAGAAACACCAAGAACAGUAAAUCCAGUGUGUGUGUGCCUUUUUGGGGAUAUUUAUCAUGGCAUUUGAGCUUAUCGUUGCCUCCACAGGAGUUCAGGAUGCCGAGACCUGAUGCCCAGUGCAAUAUAAACCUUCUGGAGAAAAGCUUGAUUAAAAGAGCAGGUGUCAGAGGAAUCCUAGAGCUGGUUUUGAAGAAAGCAGUGUUAGCACUGCUCUUUCCAUUACCCUUUAUGAUGGUGAAACCCCUCACUUCUCUUUCCCUUCACUGGUGCCACCUUUUUUUCUCCUGUUGCCUUUGCAGUUUUCCAAGCUUGCAUGUAAGGCAAAUCACCAAACUCAGUAACCUUAUGAGGAGCAAUAUUCCCACAGCCGCAUUUUGCUUUUAAAAUGGAAACACCCCAAACAGGGUGUAAUCUUUUUUUUUUUUUUCUUUUCUUUUCUGAGCACUUACGGCUCUGGCCUGGGAGAAACGCACUGGCUGCGAGGGUCCCCUGCCUGUGCAGGGCAAACCCGGGAGCCCGGCGACUCCCUGCAGUGGGACUCGGGAUCUCCGUCCCCAUCGCCUGCCAGCCGCCUGCAGUUCCGCAGCUCUCGCAGCAGGUGUUGCUGCUGCCACGCCGGGUGUGCCGGCAAACACCGAGUACAUCCCACGGCAUCGCCACGCUGGGACAAGGGGCGAGACAAGCAUGCUUUAAGGAACCUAUUAAAUAUGGGUCAAAACCUCUCCCCACCCCCAAACGUGUUUAGAAUAACACUUUGCUCUGGGGCUGGGAAAUAUUGCAGCACAGUCAAAGGAAAUGAUCAACCAUGAACCCACCUGGAAGCAGCUGAUAUAAAAAUUAACUUUAAAGCCACUAGUGAAUGCGGAAAAACCCUCCAGAGGACUUUGAACCGACAGUUUGUUUGGAAACUCACUGCUGAAAUUUGAGGUCGUUGCUUUUCUGUGCGGAGACCAGCAGCCACCACCUGAAAACUGCAUAGCCUGUGGAUGCCUCUACUAAGAAGACCAAGAGCAUUGUGGUUUGUGUCCUAGUAUGCCCAGCAGGACCAGGACAGUGAUCAGCACCUGUAUUCAGCACUGGUGAGGUCACACCUCGAAUCUUGUGGUCAGUUGUGGGUCCUCUCCUUGCUGAUGGCUGUUUAGGGGAAGGGUCACAUCACAGCCAGGAUGUGAUCUCUCUCCUGCUUCAUGAACUUUGGCAAGAGGCAGGAAGGCAAGGAAGCCUUGAGGCUGUUAUGCUACAACCACCUGUCAUGGCUCAGUCUGCCUCUGUUACCCUGUCAACUUGCCACUGCUUAGGAAAUAAAAAAAAAUAUCUUGA